AAAAGCCCCCUUCACGGUCGCAUGCCUACGGAGUAACAGAGAGAGCAGCAGUGGGAGCACGAGCAGCGUGCGAGGCUAGUCAUCAUGUCGAAGGAGGUGAGCGUGGAGGCGGACGAGGCGCGGCCGAAGGACUACACGGAUCCCCCGCCGGCGCCGCUGCUGGACUUCGGCGAGCUCCGCCUCUGGUCCUUCUACCGCGCCCUAAUCGCGGAGUUCGUAGCCACGUUGCUCUUCCUUUACGUCACCAUCGCCACCGUCAUCGGCCACAAGGAGCAGAACUCGACUGACCAGUGCAACGGCGUCGGGAUCCUCGGCAUCGCCUGGGCUUUCGGCGGCAUGAUCUUCAUCCUCGUCUACUGCACCGCCGGCAUCUCUGGCGGGCACAUUAACCCGGCGGUGACCGUCGGGCUAUUUCUGGCGAGGAAGGUGUCGCUGGUGAGGGCGGUUUUGUACAUCGUGGCGCAGUGCCUGGGAGCCAUCGUUGGCGUAGGCAUCGUGAAGGGGAUCAUGAAGCACCAGUACAACACCUUUGGCGGCGGAGCGAACCAAGUGGCUUCCGGCUACUCCAAGGGCACCGCCCUCGGUGCCGAGAUCAUCGGCACCUUCGUCCUCGUCUACACCGUCUUCUCCGCCACCGACCCCAAGCGCAACGCCCGCGACUCCCACAUCCCUGUGUUGGCGCCACUUCCCAUCGGGUUCGCCGUCUUCAUGGUUCACCUCGCCACCAUCCCCAUCACCGGCACCGGCAUCAACCCUGCUCGGAGUCUCGGCGCAGCAGUUAUCUACAACCAAGACAAGGCCUGGGAUGAGCACUGGAUCUUCUGGGUAGGCCCUCUCGUGGGAGCCUUGGCCGCGGCGGUGUACCACCAGUUUAUCUUGAGAGCGGCGGCCAUCAAAGCGCUGGGAUCAUUCAGGAGCAACACCGCCAACUAAGAAAACGCAGGACAGGGCAGAGGAGCAUGCAGUUAGGCAGCUUCUAUUAGUUGAUUUGAUUGCCGUACCAUGCUUGUAUUAAUCUUCGGUUUCCUUCCUUCCCCUUCUGUCUUCUUGUGUGUAAAACUGAGGAUGAUUGAUGUGUAUGUGUUUCAUGAUCUUAGCUUCUCAAUGCUGUCGUUUUCUUUUCUCUUUAAUUUGCAGACUGUAUCAAUUAAUUAAGUUGUAUUGGCUCUUUAAUUAUCUUUCACCUGCAUAUAUAUAAUUCAUUCUUCCUCCUGCA